AUGAAGCUGAAGUUGCCGAACCCAGGUCUGGAGGACAGGAUCCUGAGCCAUGAUGAGCUGGAACACCUGGAGGUGGAGGAGGCUGGAGACAGACCCAAGUGGGACAACAAAGCCCAGUACAUGCUGACCUGCGUGGGGUUCUGUGUGGGUUUGGGCAACGUCUGGCGCUUCCCAUACCUGUGCCAGAGUCAUGGAGGAGGGGCUUUCAUGAUUCCCUUCCUAAUCCUGCUGGUUUUUGAGGGAAUUCCCCUCCUCCAUCUAGAGUUUGCCAUUGGUCAGCGGCUAAGAAAAGGAAGCAUUGGGGUGUGGAGAACUAUUAACCCCUACAUGCUAGGUGUUGGUAUUGCAUCUCUGUGUGUGUCCUUUCUGGUCAGUCUGUACUAUAACACCAUCAUAGCCUGGGUCAUGUGGUACUUCUUCAACUCCUUCCAGGAGCCGCUGCCUUGGAGCCAGUGUCCCAUCAAUGCCAACAGGACAGGACUAGUUUCUGAGUGUGAGAGGAGCUCACCUGUGGAUUAUUUCUGGUAUCGUGAGACUCUGAACACCUCAGCGGCCAUAGAGGAGACAGGAGGUCUGCAGUGGUGGAUGAUCCUCUGUCUGAUCUCAGCUUGGGGAGUGCUGUAUGUCUGCUGCAUCCGUGGAAUAGAGACGACUGGAAAGGCUGUUUAUGUGACGUCUACACUGCCAUACGUAGUUCUUACGAUCUUCCUGAUCAGAGGACUGACUCUGAAAGGAUCCGUUGACGGCAUUAAGUUCCUCUUCACUCCAGAUCUAAACGAGUUAGCAAACCCAACCACAUGGUUAGAUGCAGGUGCACAAGUGUUUUAUUCAUUUUCUCUGGCUUUUGGAGGUCUCAUCUCCUUUUCCAGCUAUAAUUCUGUGCACAAUAACUGUGAGCAAGAUGCAGUAAUCAUCUCCAUCAUUAAUGCCUUUACCUCGAUCUACGCUGCCACUGUCAUCUACAGCAUCAUUGGGUUCAGAGCUACAGAGAGAUUUGAUGACUGUUUGAGUGGGAACAUCUUGACUCUUCUGAACACAUUUGAUCUGCCAGAGGGAAGCAUCACUCAGAGCAACUAUCAAGAAGCUCUCCACAGCCUUAAUACUACAAACCCUGAUAUCAUCAGCAGCCUUGCUCUUAAGACCUGUGAUCUAAACAGCUUCCUCAGUGAGGGUGUAGAGGGAACAGGUCUGGCCUUCAUUGUGUUCACUGAGGCUAUCACCAAGAUGCCACUGUCUCCGCUCUGGUCUGUCCUGUUCUUAAUCAUGCUCUUCUGCCUCGGUCUGUCCUCGAUGUUUGGCAACAUUGAGGGUGUUCUGGUUCCCCUGCAGGACCUGAAGGUCUUUCCCAAAAGCUGGCCCAAAGAGCUUAUUUCAGGGGUAACAUGCUUGGUGUGCUGCCUGGUUGGGCUGAUAUUUGUGCAAGGCUCAGGGAACUACUGGCUAGCCCUGUUUGACAGUUUUGCCGGCUCGAUUCCUCUCCUCAUCAUUGCUUUCUCUGAGAUGAUUGGAGUUGUGUAUGUCUAUGGGAUAGACAGGUUCAAUGAAGACCUGCUAUUUAUGAUUGGACAUAAGCCUAACAUCUUCUGGCAAGCCACAUGGAGAGUCAUAAGUCCCAUCAUCAUGUUAGCCAUCUUCAUCUUCUACUUCUCCACCAUAGUGACCAAGGAAAUCUUCUACAUUGCCUGGGACCCUGAAUCGGAAAACUUCCCAACCUUAGAGAAGAAGCCAUAUCCUUCAUGGAUUUAUGUAAUAAUCUUUCUCCUGGCUGGGAUCCCUAGUUUGUCUGUACCCGGCACUGCUGUUUUCAGAGCCAUACGAGAAUACUGCUGCAAGAAACACCCCAGUGCCCCAGUUCAAGAAAUUAAUUCUGGAUCUUACAAAGUUCAUAUACAGGAUGAAGAACUGAAGUCACAAAAGUCACAGAAAUCUGACCAAAAGUUCUACACAUGA